GCGCUGCUGCUCCAAGUGAAUACGUGUACCUCCGCUCCGCUGUGUCGUGUGUCGUUCCGCGCAAAGUCCACGGGUCGCUUCGCCUGUCGUGUCGUCGUUUUACGUUUCGGAGUGGUGACACGUGAGUGCCGCGUGGGUGUCCCCGUUCAAAAAACUUUUUUGGGGCGAUGAUGGGACGCGGGCGUCGGGUGCGCGAUCCAUCUGGGCAGUGUUGAUCCCAAACUACCAGAAGAUCCCGCAGGAUCAUCACUCCUCGGCGAGGCUGUUCACUGGGGACACUUGACACACGCGCGAGCAAUCCGGAAAAUCUGCCGCGUCAUGCCCUCCAGAAGGAACAAAGGUGGCCUCUUAGCCAGGGUGAAUUUCCCCCUUUACACCCUGCAGAUGCUCACCAGCAGGCACAUCCUGGUGGGCGGCGGAGGCGGCUCCUCCAAAACUGGCGUUGCCAAUGGAUUUGAAAUUUUUGAAUUGUCACACAAUGGAACGCAUUUCAUUGCUGAAGAGGUGACCAGGCACGAGACGGGUCCCAGCGUGGUCAUGAACUGCGCCUCGCAUAACAACGGCAAAAAGACGUGGAUAGUCGCUGGCCAAGAGAGCCAUUGUCAGCUGUACAAUGUGAAUCCCAAGGUGGUAACUUCGGAGAACGGAGAAUUGAUCAAAGGACCGACAGCGGCGGCUAACAAAGAUGGCCUUAGGCAUAGAAGGAACAGCGAGAGAGUUGAGGACUCUCAGUCGCCGAAGGAGAGGAUAGAGGAGUUCAAAGACGACAAUUCAAAUGUCAAGAGCAAAAAGCUUCAGUUAGUUCUUAAACCUGCUGAUAGUGUACAGACAGCUUUUGGGAAUGGAGAGCCUUUGCAAAGAGUCGUUAGGGUGAGCUUACAAGGGACGAUUAUGGCUACUGGCGGCACGGACGGUAACGUUAGAUUAUGGAAGUUCCCACAGCUGUUCAAAUUGCACGAUCUUGACGCACAUGGAAAGGAGAUAGACGACUUGGAUUUUAGUCCGGACGGCAAUCUACUGGUGAGCAUCGCCAAGGAUGGGAAGGCCUUCGUGUGGAAUUCACACGAUGGCACGAGGAACAAAGAGCUCACCUGGACACCACCGGACGGCGGAAAGUACAUGUAUAAGAGAUGUCGAUUCAGAAAAUUAGCAGAGGACAAAACGAGAAUCGAUCUGUUCAUGCUUUCUAACGCUGUCGCGGGGAAGAAUCCUAGUUUCCUUCAGUUGUGGGACAUUAAUACCGGAACUAUCGUCAAAUCUGCUUCUUAUAAAGAGACACUGUCGGCGCUGGCCGUUUCCGACGACGGUAAAUUCGUGGCCGUCGGCACAAUGUUCUCGGGCAGCGUUGAUAUAUUUGUGGCAUUUAGCUUGAGGAAGGCGUUUCAUGUUCCUGGAGCGCACAGCAUGUUUGUCACCGGUUUGGAAUUCUUACCGACGAAGCUGGACGGUCCCGCGAUUACUAGUAACACGGAGACCGCGGUCGUCAGUAUCUCUGUGGACAAUAGGAUCUGCAUACAUAGCAUACCAUUCAGACAUACACUGCCAUUCUGGUUCGUCAUCAUACUAAUAGUCUUAUGCAUAUGCGGCGCGUUUAUUUUCUGCAGUUAUCUUGGCAUAUGACCCAUGAAAUACACAACCGAGCCAAUGAAGCAAGACAUUAUCUUUUCCUAAUUACCAAAUUGGGCCAAUAAUUGUCCGCGCGUGUAUAAGAAAUUAAAAGAAAAUUCCACACACGAUUCACUCGGUAAACGGAUGCUCAAGAAAUCUUACAUACAUAGACGAAUCGUAGGAUUAUCCACAUGAAAACAGAUGCUGAUUAGCCGUACGAAGCAAAGUACACCAUAACUGUGAAUAUGCACAGCAUUAGGGUAAGAGUAUUUUCGGUUUGUUUAGCGGUUACAAUCUUAAUAGUUGAAUUCAUAAUAGAGUAUACACAGAAAAUUCAGGAAACGUUCGCGCGAUUUAGAUAUAGACAUGAUGUCAGUCGGGGUGCUACUGUGAUAAAUAAACUGUGUUGGAGUGCUUCCAACAGAUCGGGGCCGCACCAAUUGCACAUUGAUGUACAUAUAGAUAUUACGUUUUAUCAAUUUUUAGCGCGAAAGGGAGGAUUUAACGAGCGCGUGCUGAUUGUUUCUCCUCCGCACGAAUACGCUUAAAUGGUUUUGUUUAUGACAAGUGAUUUGAGAUGUGCGUUUCUCACACUUAUUAUGAUGCACGACUACUGUACUCUCUAUCUCUUUCGUAUUUAUAGAUGAAAAUCCACAAUUCAUCGCAUUUAUAUGUGCUGUACUACGUACAUUGGAUACCUACUAGUAUAUGUCUUCUUGGUUAUCUCUCUGUACUUUCUUUAUAAAUCAUGUAACGUAUUCAGAUAGCAUAGAGAGUUAAAAAAAAAGUCAGGUUUAUGUCAGCUUUAUUAAGAAUUCCUUUUGCGUCUCAAAAUAAAUUCAGAAUUGAUGACAUAAACCUAAUUUUUUUUUAGGUGCAAAAAGAAUUCUUUUUGCGUCUUAAAAUGAAGUCAGAAUUGAUGACAUAAACCUGAUUUUUUUUUUAAUUCUUUGUGCUGCUCUCUGGGGUACAUGAAUAAUGAGUAUUCGACGUAACGAUCGACACAAUUACAUUGGUUAUGUGGUUAAUCGUUGUGACGUUUCGCAAGAUGAGCUUAUAGGUAUCGUUAUUUAUUUAGACACUUUCUAAAGUUUCUUAACUUAUUUUUACAGCGCGUAUGUAUUUGUAUCGCAAAGUUGUUUCGGCUAAUGAUGGAGAUUUAUGAAUGAAAGUGUACAUUUAUAUGGAGUCUCCUCCGUUCGCGGAAGAUUGUGCAAUGGAUUUGUAAACGUCUCGACCACUUCAUUAAUAAUAAACGAUUAAAUAUAUUUCA